AUGGUUAACGUCGGUUCAAUCAUUCAACAUGCACUCCAUCCGCAUGGCCAUUCCAGCACACACCAUGCCACUAUGGACCACAAGCCUACCACAGCACACCCCACAAGGGCUUCACAUACGCGUCGGUGGAUAUCUAAAAUGUCUUCGGCGUACACGAAAGCUCAGACACUUGAGUGGCUCUCCUUCAUUGGAUACAAAGUCACAGAUGAGGUCAAAGAACAAGUCGAGACGGACACCUUCCCUGCCAACCUAGAAAAUCUUAACGUUAUUAGUCGGCUAUACCUGGUUGCAGUCCCCUUCGAAAACACCACGCUGCAGUACGAUCCGGCUCAUGAGCUCAACAUCGAGCCUCAAUAUCUCUUCCAACGCUUCGUCAAGGAGAAGAAAGGCUCUUGCUGUUUCGGAAAGUCUGGACUGCUUUUCGAGAUGCUUCGGAGUCUAGGUUUCCGUGUCUAUGGUGGCCAAGCACGAGUUAAUAAUACGGAUUUCACUCCUGGUGCCACUGCCGAGAAACCUGCGUUCACACCUCCAUUACACAUCAUCACGUUCGUUCAACCCAACGUCGAUAACACGGAUACUUACCUUCUCGAUGUCGGAUUUGGCGGAACUGGCCUUGUGAGGCCAAUCUUACUUGAGGAGGGUGCUGAUGUCUUUGGAUGCACACAAACAGAGAAACAUAGACUCGUAAGGAGGCCCUUCCCAGGCCGUACAUCUGCCCAAGAUCCACCAGAAGACAUGUGGGCUCUCGACAUCCUCCGCGUCCAACCCGGAAAAUCAGAGAAAUGGAGCAACGUCUACAUGUUUGAUGAAGUAGAGCAUUACAAAGAAGACUACAUACACGCCAACUUCUAUGUCGCAAAAUUCCCCUUCGGUACACCGUUUUACGGAUACGUUGUACUUAUCAAAAAUUUCUUCGUCGAUAAGGAUCAUGAGGACCUUGGAACGCUCCUGCUAUUCGGGGACCAAGUGAGGAGGAAUGUAGGUUCCAAUUCGGAAGUUUUAAGGAACCUCAAGACCGAGAAGGAGAGGAUAGCAGCGAUCAAGGAGUUUUUUGGUAUAGAGCUAGAUGCAACCGAAGCGCUGAACUCUAUAAAAGGCCGUGCUUCGGCAUUACCAAUGUAG